AUGUCCCUCCCCCCAACAGCAGCAAUAUUCUCCCCAUCAGUCGCCCGCGCCGCAGCCAGCGCCGCAAAAGACUGGUCCUACAUUGACGCCUGGCUAACCCGCAAGUUCCCCAACCGUCCCUCCCUCCCCGCAUUCGAGCGCAACGCCGACACCCUCCGCAUACUCCUCGCCCUAGCCACAGCCAACGACGCCGCAGACGAGCAGCGUGCCUUGGUCGCUCGCCUGGAGAAGGAAGCCUUGAAAGAAGUUGAGGAGUGGGAGCGUCAGCAACAGCAGAAGGAGACAGAAGCAGAGGGUGAAGCAGACAUCUUAGGUCCAGCGAGGAAAGCCAUCCUGCAGGGCAUCGAAUCCGCCCUGCCGAGGGAGGGACAGACCGCUCUAGACGCGAUGGCCGCGCUGGCUGUGCAGCGGGGCAUCGCUCAUCCGACGCCUGCCCUGCUGGCCGAGGACUUGAUUGCCUUAUCCGCCCAAGCGGCCGCCUUGGACGAAGCCAUUUCCCGAGUGCAAACCCUAGCCGAGCACAUCGCGCGAGAGGCGGAGCGAACCGCUGCCUUGGCAGCCGAGCUGAAGCCCCCGGAGCCAGGGGCACAGCAUAACGAGGAGGAGGAAGACGGAGAGAAAACCAGCAAAGAAUCUUCUGACACGCCGACAUCCAAACCCCUCUCUUUCACAGGCUACCACCCGCCAACCUCGCUCGCCCUACACAAUCUGUCCCUGCAGAGACACAUCAAGUCCCUGUCCACGCGCCUCCCGGAACUGCGCGACAAAUCUGCCUCGUCGCUCUCCCCCUCUCUGGCACACAACAACGUCCCUGUUACCCUCCAGCAGGUACGGGAAGAAGAGGCUGCGUACCGGGCGCUGCUGGAGCAGAAACAGAUGCUGGAUGCGAAGCUACGGGAGCUUGCAGGCUUGCCGCCUGAUGAGGCAGAGGCGAAGAAGGGGCUGGGCCAGCAGAGGAGGGGAAGACCGUAG